UCGCCUCUGGUCUCGUGUGUUUUUUUUUUCUCUUUUCUACUAUUUCCUACUUAUCAAUCCGACCUGGGAAAGGCAUGAUUUGAACUGUCUCUUCUUUCCCUUACCGGCUGCGUCACCAUGCAGUCGUUCGUUCGACCCCACGAAUAUGUCGCUUUGCGACUGCCCUCCGAUCAGACCAAGGUUAUCCAGCUCGUGCCCAACACGACUGUUUCGCUCGGAAAGUAUGGCAGCUUCCCCGCAAACCAAAUUAUCGGACGCCCCUUCUAUCUGACCUUUGAAAUCCUCGAUCAACCCGAAGAGAAGCAUGGCCAUAUCCUCCGAGUGGUUCCGGCGACCGAGCUACAUGCGGAGGCCCUGAUAGCCGAAGGGUCGGGCGAGGCGGACGGCGAAGGAGAAGAUCUCGAACCCAAUGGCGACGCCGACGUGAACAUGCGCACUAAUCGCGAGACCGUCGAUGAUGUCUCCAGUCAAAAGUUGACGUUGGCAGAGAUUGAAGCAUUGAAGAAGGAGUCCAGUGACGCCGGCAGAGAGAUCAUCGCUAAGCUGCUGGAGUCGCAUUCGGCCAUCGAUCAGAAGACGGCCUUCUCGCUAGCCAAAUACACCCUGAGAAAACGAAAGAAGUAUCUGAAACGGUUCACCGUGCUUCCAAUGGAUGUGAAUCUACUGACAGAAUGGAUGCUGAACGAAAAAGAUGCGUCUAAGGUGAUGGAGUUGCGGGAUGAAUUGAUUGGGCUCAUCGGAUGUUGGGGCAACGUCCACCACAGCGGGGACAUGUCGCUCGACAAUGCUGUUGCAUCAAAGCCCAAUGGACGUUAUCUUAUUGUAGAUGACACCGGUGGUCUCGUGGUUGCGGCAAUGGCGGAGCGAAUGGGCAUACUCUACCCUCCCCACGACGACGACGUCGAUCUAGACUUGGAAACUCCACAGGCACAGGAACAGCAUCCCAAGCGGCAACCCAUGUCGGCGUCGAGCAAUACUCUCACGCUGGUUCACCCCUAUUCACAGCCCAAUGUCUCCCUGCUGAAAUACUUCGGAUUCGACCAGAACGAUCCUGAUCCAUUGCAUCCCCUCACUGCCCAUCUCAAGACCGUUUCCUGGCUGCAGCUGGUCGACCCCAACGCAGACUCUGUUUACGGGGCCGAGCCAGAGGUCCUGUCAGAAGAAGCUCUGCAGGCGUUGAAGCCGAACAAACGUAGUUCAUAUCAUCGCAAGCGGAACCGUUGGGCCCGCGUCCACACUGUCGUCGACGAGACUCGUGCAGGAGAAUUCGACGGUCUCAUCGUGGCAACGCUCAUGAACCCCACCUCGGUGCUGAAGCAUGCUGUGCCACUGCUGGCAGGGGGUGCUUCCGUGGUUGUAUACUCGCCUACUGUUGAGCCUCUGGUCGAGCUGGCUGAUCUGUACUCGACUGCCCGGAAAACGGCCUACAUCAACAUUAAGCGUGAAUUGGAAGAGAAGCAGCCGGACGAGGCUCAGGUGAAGAGAGACUCUCCCGAAUCUGCACAAACCCCAUCCGCGGGAGUUUCAAGCCUUCCAGACCUCAGCGCCGAUUUCCCUGUCGACCCGACGCUCCUCCUCGCGCCGACUCUGCAGACUUCUCGCGUCCGCCAGUGGCAGGUCCUUCCUGGACGAACACAUCCCCUGAUGUCCGGCCGUGGAGGUGCAGAAGGCUACAUCUUCCAUGGGAACCGGGUACUUCCUGCGCAGGCCCACGUGGAAGCGCGUGGCCAUGCCAGCCGUAAGAAGAGAAAGGUGGUCACCGCUGAUACAAGCCAAGGUGUUGAGGUACAGUCAUAGACAUCAAUUCUUUUGCUUUUCUAAUAUCUGCAUCGUAUUGGGGUGUUCUGGAUUUUAUUUCCAAUCUAAGGCGCGGGUAUACAAAAAAGUGGAGGUCACUGCAUUUCUUUUUUUUUCUUCCUUUCCUCCUGGACGGUUAUGAACAUGUGUAUAAUUAGAUGAGCGGACAUGCCUGUUUCAGACAAAAGCUUUACAUGGGCUAAGAGCCACAACAUCUAACCCGAUAUUCGAAUCGGAAUUGCUCCCUUAUUGCUUAGCUUUAUGCGUUUUUCUCGUUUGUAGAACCGGACUCUGGGAGAGUCGGCAGCAAUCGUGAAUGUCUAAUAUACUACGUCGUUGU